GUAAUUCGAGGAACUCCUGAAUAGGCCGGCACCAAUGAAUCCACCGGACAUCGAAGCAGCAUACACAGAUUUCCCUAUAGAUGUCAAUCCACCAACGACCGAAGAAAUCGGAAUGGCCAUCAGACAAAUCAAGAGCGGGAAAGCAGCAGGACCCGACAAUAUACCAGCUGAAGCACUGAAGUCAGAUAUCGAAGUAACGACAAACAUGUUUCAUUUUUUAUUCAGGAAGAUUUGGGAGGAGGAACAAGUGCCGAUGGACUGGAAAACAAGACACCUCAUCAAGAUUCCAAAGAAAGGAGAUCUGAGCAAAUGUGUAAAAUACAGAGGCAUCACACUACUGUCAGUACCAGGAAAAGUUCUCAACAGUGUUGCUGAACCGGAUGAAAGACACAGUAGACGCUCAACUUCGAGAUCAACAAGCUGGAUUCCGUAAGGACCGGUCGUGCACAGACCAGAUGGCGACACUACGGAUCAUCGUCGAACAAUCAAUUGAGUGGAACUCG